AGUUCUCUUCUCUCUCCUUUCAUCUGUUGCACUUUUGUGUGUGUUGCUUCUGCACAAUUUUUGGAGAAAAAUUCAGAUCAAACAUUAGAUUCUACAGCUUCACUUUUUCACCUGAUCUUUUUCAAAUCCCAUUUUUUUCUCUCAAUUUUAUAAACCAGAAGGAAAAAAGCCUACAAAAUCAUUGAAAUCAGUCAAAGUUUGGAUUUUUUUAACUGAAAACUUUCAUUUUCAGUCGUUUUCAAAGUUUCAGCUAUCUGGGGGUGUUUUUUUUUCUAUUUUUUGAAGACCCAGUUCAGUUCUUGAUUAUUCACUUCACACCCAAAAAGGAUUUUAAUAGUUUUUGAGCGAGUUGCAAAAUUAAGAGCAACUGGUGCAAGUUGUGGGGGCUAUCAAGAAUUGUUUUUUCAGUUCUUUCUUGGGACAUUUUUGGUGAAUUUUUUAUGAAUAAUUUUUGUUGAGGUGAUUGAAAUUGAUUUUUUGUUGUAGAUGAAUGAAUGGGAGGGGUUGGAGUUGAGAAUGGUGUUUUUCGGUAUUGGGGUGCAGAGAUUCUAGGGCUAGUUUUGGAAGAACUGGUUUUUGUAUAUCAAUUGCUGACAAAAUGAAUUCAGAUGCUAACCGUGCUGGUGGACAAGUAGAAAGGGAUAUUGAGCAGGCCAUAACUGCUUUAAAGAAGGGUGCAUACUUGCUCAAGUAUGGAAGAAGGGGGAAACCGAAGUUUUGUCCCUUUCGGUUGUCAAAUGAUGAGUCUGCUUUAAUAUGGUUUUCAGGUAAAGAGGAGAAACACCUGAAGCUAAGUCAUGUGUCAAGAAUAAUAUCUGGGCAGCGCACUCCAAUUUUUCAAAGGUACCCACGACCUGAGAAAGAGUAUCAGUCAUUUUCACUUAUAUACAAUGAUAGAUCGCUGGAUUUGAUAUGUAAAGAUAAAGAUGAAGCAGAGGUCUGGUUUAGUGGUUUGAAGGCCUUAAUAUCUCGUGGGCACCAGAGAAAAUGGAGAACAGAAUCAAGGAGCGAUGGAAUUUCUUCCGGUGCUACUAGUCCUAGAACUUAUACACGAAGAAGCUCUCCUCUGCAUUCUCCAUUUAGUAGUGGUGACAGCUUGCAGAAGGAUGGCGGUGAUCAGCUUCGCCUUCAUAGUCCAUAUGAAAGUCCUCCAAAAAACGGGCUAGAUAAGGCAUUUGCUGAUGUAAUUAUGUAUGCUGUACCUCCUAAGGGUUUUUUCCCUUCAGAUUCUGCUAGCGCUUCUGUUCAUUCCAUAUCUUCUGGAGGUUCAGAUAGCAUGCAUGGUCAGAUGAAGGGAAUAGGAAUGGAUAAUUUUAGAGUAAGCCUUUCAAGUGCAGUUAGCUCAUCAAGUCAAGGUUCUGGUCAUGAUGAUGGUGAUGCCUUGGGGGAUGUUUUUAUCUGGGGGGAAGGCACUGGGGAUGGUGUCCUAGGUGGUGGACCUCAUAGAGUUAGCAGUUCUUUUGGUGCCAAAUUAGAUUCUUUGUUUCCUAAAGCUUUAGAGUCUGCAGUGGUAUUGGAUGUUCAAAAUAUAGCUUGUGGUGGUCGACAUGCAGCACUGGUGACAAAGCAGGGUGAGAUUUUCUCCUGGGGUGAGGAAUCGGGAGGUAGGCUAGGGCAUGGUAUUGAUUCUGAUGUUCUGCAUCCAAAGCUUAUAGAUUCACUCAGCCAUUCAAACAUUGAGCUUGUUGCAUGUGGUGAAAAUCAUACUUGUGCUGUAACACUCUCUGGAGACUUGUACACAUGGGGUGAUGGUGAUUUUGGUCUUCUUGGGCAUGGAAAUGAAGUUAGUCAUUGGGUCCCCAAAAGAGUAAAUGGACCCUUAGAGGGCAUACACGUUUCAUAUAUCUCGUGUGGUCCCUGGCAUACUGCUGUGGUGACAUCUGCUGGUCAACUAUUUACUUUUGGCGAUGGUACUUUUGGUGUUCUUGGACAUGGAGACAGAAAAAGUGUCUCUAAACCUAGGGAAGUGGAGUCUUUAAAGGGGCUUCGAACUGUACGAGCAGCUUGUGGGGUUUGGCAUACUGCAGCGGUCGUUGAAGUCAUGGUGGGAAGCUCAAGUUCAAGUAAUUGUUCAUCAGGAAAACUUUUUACUUGGGGAGAUGGUGAUAAAGGUAGACUAGGGCAUGGUGACAAGGAGUCGAAACUUGUACCUACCUGUGUUGCAGCUCUUGUCGAACCAAACUUUUGCCAAGUUGCUUGUGGACACAGCUUGACAGUUGCAUUGACGACUUCUGGUCAUUUGUAUACAAUGGGAAGUCCUGUGUAUGGCCAAUUAGGUCAUCACCAAGCUGAUGGGAAGUUACCCCGUCGUGUUGAAGGCAAGCUGGCAAAGAGUUUUGUGGAGGAGAUCGCCUGUGGAGCAUAUCAUGUUGCUGUCUUGACUUCCCGAACUGAAGUUUACACAUGGGGAAAGGGGGCAAAUGGUAGAUUGGGUCAUGGUGAUAUGGAUGACCGAAAUUCUCCCACUUUAGUGGAAGCUUUAAAAGACAAGCAAGUCAAAAGUAUUGCUUGUGGCACUAAUUUUACUGCUGCUAUUUGCCUUCACAAAUGGGUAUCUGGGGUUGACCAAUCCAUGUGUUCUGGCUGUCGUCUUCCUUUUAACUUUAAAAGAAAACGCCACAACUGUUAUAACUGUGGGCUUGUCUUUUGUCAUUCAUGUAGCAGCAGAAAAUCACUGAGGGCAUCAAUGGCACCUAAUCCCAAUAAACCCUAUCGUGUCUGUGACAACUGCUUCAGUAAAUUGAAAAAAGCUAUGGAAACAGAUGCUUCUUCUCAGUCUUCUAUGAGUCGACGAGGAAGCAUGAAUCAGUCACUAACUGAUAUAACAGACAAGGAUACUAAGUUGGAUACAAGGUCUCGACCUCAACUUGCUAGAUUUUCUACAAUGGAAUCCUUCAAACAUGUUGAAACCCGUUCUUCCAAACAGAAGAAAAAACUUGAAUUCAACAGCAGUCGCGUGUCACCUAUUCCAAAUGGUACCUCUCAGUGGGGAGCUCUCAACAUUUCCAAGUCUUUUAACCCUGUAUUUGGCUCGUCCAAGAAAUUCUUUUCAGCUUCAGUUCCUGGAUCAAGAAUUGUUUCUCGAGCAACAUCACCAAUAUCUAGACGGGCCAGUCCACCUCGUUCUACUACACCAACUCCAACAUUGGGUGGACUUACAUCUCCAAAGAUUGUUUUGGGCGAUGCUAAAAGGACAAAUGAUGGCCUUAGCCAAGAGGUUAUCAAAUUAAGAGCACAGGUGGAAAAUCUCACGCGCAAGGCUCAACUUCAGGAGAUAGAACUGGAAAGAACUAAUAAGCAGCUAAAGGAGGCAAUAGCCAUUGCUGGAGAAGAGACUGCCAAAUGCAAAGCAGCAAAAGAAGUGAUCAAGUCACUUACUUCUCAGCUGAAGGAAAUGGCUGAGAGGUUGCCGGUAGGUGCUUCCCGGAACAUCAAAUCUCCUACAUCUCUUUCCUCGGGUUCCAAUCUCACUGCCAGUGACAUACCAAAUGGAUGUGUUGACCGAGUUCAUAGUCAACUAACUUUCCAAGAUGUGGAGCCAAAUGUAUCUAACAGUCAACUACUUUCUAACGGAUCAAGCAACGUCAGUAAUCACAAUGCUGUUCAAAACAGGCAAGGGUUUCCAGAACCAACGACAAGAAACGGAGGUAGAACAAAAGAAGGUGAUUCUCGUAAUGAGAACGAAUGGGUUGAACAAGAUGAGCCAGGUGUAUACAUUACACUUACCUCCUUACCUGCAGGUGUCAAAGAUCUUAAACGUGUUCGCUUCAGUCGAAAACGCUUUAGCGAGAAACAAGCUGAACAAUGGUGGGCAGAGAACCGUGCAAGAGUUUAUGAGCAGUAUAACGUGCGGAUGGGAGACAAGUCAAGUAUUGGCACUGUAAGCGAAGACUUACAGCAUUGAAACAUGCUAAUAAAGUUAUGAGUGGAAAUUUUCUUUUCUUUGACCUCUUCUUUUUCUUCUUCCCUGCCGGAAAAUCUCUGCUUUAGGGGAAGAAGAUCAUAAUUCUUCGCUUAGUUUGGCUUCUCAAAUUUGUGAGGUGGUAGCAAGGGUUGCCAUAAAAAGAUGUAGGAGUAGAGAUUUGCUUUGUAAGUUUUCAUUAGAUUUUUCUUUUUCUUCUAAUGGCUAAUGAUGUUUGUGGGGAAUUGAAAGUGAGAGAUGUAAAGUUUUAGUAGGCUUGCUCUUGUUGGGAGUAUAGCUUCCUUGUAAAUUUCUAAAGUAAAUGCAUCUUCAGAUUUCAAAUCCUUUA